CGUUUUGUUACUGUUGUGUUUUUUUUUUCUUGAACCUGAAAACCCGGGAUGGUCUUCAAUAGCAGGGUCUGGACUCCCCCCAUCUUGCCCUUGGUCGUGGACAACCAGGCGGGGCAGGGAGCUGAACCAAAGUGUCCAUCGGAGGUGUCACGUCGAAGAAAGUGCGGCUGAACGAAAAGCGGCCAGAAAACUUACCCCAUUGGGCCUCACGACCAUGGGCCUGGAGCUUCCCCACGGUGAAAGACCCUGGUCUGAAUUCGAGUCUGCCUUGCAAACUCUUCCGAACGCGCUUGGGCACAAUGCGGAGCGCGAAAGGAACUCGUCUGGCUCCAGUUGGCACCGGGGCGGCUCUGUUAUCAGAUGUUAAGGGUAACCCUCUGCCUUAAAGCCACGGCCCCCCGCCGAGAGCCUUCUGGCCCCCCUUCCUUCUUGUGUGUUGAUUGACCUUUCUUGAUUUCACACCUGUUGGGCCCUUCAUCUCCAACUGGACCACGUCCAAACGACACCACAUUGGGUAUCGCUCAAGACACCCGCCCGUCUUCAACAUGUCCGAAGUCAAGCCCCCAGUUCAGUACGCUUCGGCGCCAGUUGCUGCACCGUCCGGAAGCCAGCAGCAUUAUGUCCAGCACACACCUGUGUGGAUCGUGGUGGCCAGAGGCGCCCAGGUUUUCUUUUCUCUCAUAAUCUUGGGUAUGGCUGGCGCUGUCAUCCAUGACGUGAUGAUUGAGGAGCUCGCCUUUGGGAUCGCUUGCGUUGUUUUUACGUGGAUUGUUAUCGGUUACGUUCUCAUCACCGAGAAGGUGUCAGGGGCGCGUGAAGCGUAUAAUAUUUGGGCUGUGCUGUCGCUUGAUUUCUUGAUGGCGGUUUUGUGGCUCGCCGCCUUGGGUUCCAUUGCUGCCAGACGGGCACGAUUCGUCGUGCCUGUCAGUACUGCAAAUUGCCGCGAUGACGGUUCCGCUGUCUCCAGCAAGACUUGCGAUGUAUAUCCGGUGAAGCGAGCCCUCGAGAAACGCGGUGCCGUCUUGACCCAGAUGGGGCUCGGCUUGACAAGCGGCGCCGCAGGUCUGAGCGCGCUCAUGUGGCUCCUCUUUAUCGCCACGCUUGUGUACCAUGGCCAUACAUUCCGCCUUUGGCACCAGGCGAACAAGAAGCCUGCUGACGCCGAGCUGAAUGCCCAAGGAACCCCGAUGCUUGCCACACAGCAACAGGCCGCCCCUGCUCCUGGACCAGUUUACAACUCCCAGCAGCAGUACCAGCCCCAGACCCAGUUUCCCCAGCAGUAUCCCCCCCAGCAACAGCAACAACAACAACAACAACAACAACAACAACAACCACAGCAACAACCACAGCAACAACCACAGCAGCAACAGCAAUAUACUGCCCAGCCACCUCAGCAAUAUCAACAACCGCAGGCUCCCUUCCAGCCGAGCCCUGUAGGUACCCCAAGCCCUUAUCAACAGCAAUAUCAAACGCCCCAGCCGACGGGCACCCCCCAGCCUUAUGCCUAUCCUCAGCAACAGCAGCAGCAGCAGCAGCAGCCACAUCCGUACCCUCAGGCCGCGGAGGCUCCUGGACAUCCGUAUUACCCACCGCAGCAGUAG